AGUAGAUACGUCAGUCGGGGAAAGGGGGAGCCCCCGGCGUAUUCCCCUGCCUUGCCCACCUGCCCCGGAAGUAGCGUUGCCUUGGAGCCUUGCCUUCCGGGGCAGAUUGUCUGUUGUAGCCGCAGCUGUGAGAAGGGGAGGCCAUUUUCUGUUUCUAGGAAGAGUGAGAGCUACGGGGAGAGGGGAAAGGAAAAGGGAAGAAGGGCUCAGCACCUCCCCGGCGAGCCGUGGACAGAGGGGCACUUUCGGCAGGCGGGUGAGGUCGCUGAGGGCCCGGAGAUGUUUUCCCUGUCGAGUACGGUGCAGCCCCAGGUUACAGUUCCUCUGAGUCACCUCAUCAAUGCCUUCCAUUCACCAAAAAACACAUCUAUUUCUGUCAGUGUGUCAGCUUCGCAAAACCACCAUCGAGAUGUAGUUCCUGACCAUGAGGCUGCUGGCAAUGAGCCUGUACUUAAUUUAAGAGACCUUGGAUUAUCCGAAUUAAAAAUUGGACAGAUUGAUCAACUGGUAGACAGUUUACUUCCUGGAUUUUGUAAAGGCAAGAGCAUUUCUUCCCAUUGGCAUACAUCUCAUGUCUCUGCACAGUCCUUCUUUGAAAAUAAAUAUGGUUACUUAGAUAUGUUUCGUACUUUACGUUCCUCUUGCUUGUACAGACAACAUUCAAGAACUCUUAAAAGUAUUUGUUCAGAUCUUCAGUGCUGGCCAGUUUUCAUACAGUCUCGGGGUUUUAAAACUUUGAAAUCAAGAACUCGACGUUUACAGUCCACCUCUGAAAGAUUGACAGAGACACAGCAUAUAACACCAUCAUUUGUAAAGGGGUUCCUUUUGCGGGACAGAGGAUCAGAUAUUGAGAGUUUGGACAAACUCAUGAAAACCAAAAAUAUACCUGAAGCUCACCAAGAUGCAUUUAAAACUGGUUUUGCAGAGGGUUUUCUGAAAGCUCAAGCACUAACGCAAAAAACCAAUGAUUCUCUGAGACGAACUCGUCUGAUUCUCUUCGUUCUGCUGCUAUUUGGCAUUUAUGGACUCUUAAAAAACCCAUUUUUAUCUGUCCGCUUCCGGACAACGACGGGGCUUGAUUCUGCAGUAGAUCCUGUCCAGAUGAAAAAUGUCACCUUUGAACAUGUUAAAGGAGUGGAGGAAGCUAAACAAGAAUUACAGGAGGUUGUUGAAUUCCUGAAAAAUCCACAAAAAUUUACCGUGCUUGGAGGUAAACUUCCAAAAGGAAUACUUUUAGUUGGACCACCAGGGACAGGGAAGACACUUCUUGCUCGAGCUGUGGCUGGAGAAGCUGAUGUUCCUUUUUAUUAUGCUUCUGGAUCAGAAUUUGAUGAAAUGUUUGUGGGUGUGGGAGCCAGCCGUAUCAGAAAUCUAUUUAGGGAAGCAAAAGCAAAUGCUCCCUGUGUUAUAUUUAUUGAUGAAUUAGAUUCUGUUGGUGGGAAGCGAAUUGAGUCUCCAAUGCACCCAUAUUCAAGGCAGACUAUAAAUCAACUUCUUGCUGAAAUGGAUGGUUUUAAACCCAAUGAAGGAGUUAUCAUAAUAGGAGCCACAAACUUCCCAGAGGCAUUAGAUAAUGCCUUAAUACGUCCUGGUCGUUUUGACAUGCAGGUUACAGUUCCAAGACCAGAUGUAAAAGGUCGAACAGAAAUUUUGAAAUGGUAUCUCAAUAAAAUAAAGUUUGAUCAGUCUGUUGAUCCAGAAAUUAUAGCUCGAGGUACUGUUGGCUUUUCUGGAGCAGAGUUGGAGAAUCUUGUGAACCAGGCUGCAUUAAAGGCAGCUGUUGAUGGAAAAGAAAUGGUUACCAUGAAGGAACUAGAGUUUUCCAAAGAUAAAAUUCUAAUGGGGCCUGAACGUAGAAGUGUGGAAAUUGAUAACAAAAACAAAACCAUCACAGCAUAUCAUGAAUCUGGUCAUGCUAUUAUUGCAUAUUAUACUAAAGAUGCAAUGCCUAUCAACAAAGCUACAAUCAUGCCACGAGGGCCAACACUUGGACAUGUGUCCCUUUUGCCUGAGAAUGACAGAUGGAAUGAAACUAGAGCUCAGUUGCUUGCACAGAUGGACGUUAGUAUGGGAGGAAGAGUAGCUGAGGAGCUUAUAUUUGGAACUGACCAUAUCACAACAGGUGCUUCCAGUGAUUUUGAUAAUGCAACUAAAAUAGCAAAGCGGAUGGUUACCAAAUUUGGAAUGAGUGAAAAGCUUGGAGUUAUGACCUACAGUGAUACUGGGAAACUGAGUCCAGAAACUCAAUCUGCUAUUGAACAAGAAAUUAGAAUCCUUCUAAGGGACUCAUACGAACGAGCGAAACAUAUCUUGAAGACUCAUGCAAAAGAGCAUAAGAAUCUAGCAGAAGCUUUACUAACCUAUGAGACUUUGGAUGCCAAAGAGAUUCAAAUUGUUCUUGAGGGAAAGAAAUUGGAAGUGAGAUGAUAACUCUUAAAAUGGAUGCAUUGCUGGUUUUACUGCAAGAAUAUAUAAGUAGCAUUUCAGUAGUCUUUUGCAAUGCUUUUCUCCCAUUCUUGCCUUGGUGUCACUCAAGGGUGUGAAACACUUUGUCUCUCUUUUGUCAUGUUUAAUCUAAUUUUGGUUAUUCUCAUAAUGACACCUAUUGCAAAUUAUCAACCCAUAAUAAAUAUGUUAAAGAAAAUAAAGAACUAUUAGGAUUGGAAACAGCUUGUUUGAGAAAUGUCAAUAAGUUAUUCAUUUGAAAAUAAGUAGUGAUUUUAUGGUUGGUUCCUCUACUAGACGUGAAUAAAAAUUGUGCCUUUA